AUGUUCGAAAUACAAACCAUUUUAUAUGCAUUUGUGUUUUUUUCUAGUAAGUUUAGUUUGAGGUCUUUGUCUUUUAGCACAUACAAGCUUGCAGAUAUUAUCGAAUCAUGUGCAAAAAUGAGAUCACAAAACAGAAUUACUGAAACUCCUAGCCAAAUCGAACCACCAACAUCGGACACAUCAAAAGAAUCAAAUCGAAAUCAAAAUUCGGUUCAAUCAAUAAGGCAAGUGGAAACAGCUCCAGUUCCACUAACUCCUCGUAAAAGUGAAACUGUUGUUGAGAUUGAAACUGCAAAAGAGAGCCCCAAAGAAAGUCCAAAACCAAACAAAAAAGAGGUGUCAAAAGGAAGAGCAAUCAAAGUUGUGAAAACUCCCCAGAAAAAGGAUGAAUCGGAAAAACCUGUUCCAAAAAAGGGAUAUAAUGCGGAAUUGAUUGCUGCUCAGGAGAGAAUGUUAUCCGAAAUUUUUAAUAGUAAAGAAUCAGAUAAAAAUCGAAAGAAACCUCCGAAUAGACCAACGACUCGACUUGAAGUUAAUCAAACUCAAAGUUUUGAGGCAUUGAGUUUGCACAAAAAAAGAAAUGCGCAGAAAACGAAGACGAUUGGUUGA